ACACAAGAUAUGCUCCAACAAUGGAUCGUCUAAGUACAUAAGUCACAAGAACUUCCCCGAGAACAUUUCAAAUUCCAUCAAAUUAGUGAGAGAAAGAAAAGAGAAGAAGCAUUCUCAGGAUUUGGUACCUAAACAAAAAAAAUUACAACUCGCCGAUCAGCUGAAUCAACGGUCAAGAUUAACUCAGGACAUUAAUCAACGGACUAGAUUAUCUCGUGACAAAUCGGUACAUACACAGCGAGGGUUAUUUUUUAUUGCACUAUGAAGGAGACUUGAAAGACGUUGGAGGGUUUUAUCACUACCGGCGACAACUGAAGACGCUUCCAGAGAUUAUUUUCGAGACUCCAAAAAGCUCUAGGGAUUUGAUUUGGAUUCUACAUGUGUUUUGUCUGUUAUUUCAUUUCUCUGCUACUGAGUUAAUGGAAUCAUCAGGAACGGGAUGUGUGAGUUAAAGUUAUUGACGAAGAUGCAUUACAUGGGUUUGUUUAGUAAAGCUGGAAACAUAUUUAGGCAACCUAGAUCGUUGCAGGCUUCGAACGCUUUGUUACAGGGAAAUCUUUCUUUGACUCCAUCCAAACUCUUUGUUGGAGGUCUCUCACCAACCACUGAUGUAGAUCUCUUGAAAGCAGCUUUUGGCAGUUUCGGAAAAAUCGUUGAUGCUGUAGUGGUUUUGGACCGUGAAAGUGGUAUAUCUAAGGGCUUUGGUUUCGUAACAUAUGAUUCUAUUGAGGAUGCUAAUAAAGCAAUGCAAUCUAUGCAUAAUAAGGAAGUUGAUGGGCGAAUAAUUGGAGUGAAACCAGCUGAUUCAGGAGGCGGUGGUGGUGGUGGUUUUGCUAGAAGUGGAGGUUAUGGUGGUGGUCGUGGGGGAUAUGGUCGUGGUGGAUUUAGUCGUGGUGGAUUUGGCGGUGGUGGCUUUGGCUUUGUUCGUUAACUGGGCAUCCAGGAAUGUUUAACACCGACGUUGAUUAGUCUGUGGUUUGGUUUUCUCUUCACAAAGACCACUAUUUUGUUAUAAAAAUGUUCUUGAUGUUAGAACAAACCAAGCGGCUAAAGUUAGCAAAAAGAAUAUUUGUUGGUUCAA